ACAAAUUAGGUUAAUUUUUUCAUGAUUAGCCCAUUUAAUUGCUUUGAAGGGUGGGUUAGUAGAAAGGCAAAUGGGAUGCUCAAAAUUGCUUUUCAUCUUUGCUUACGAGAUCAACCUCCAGCGCCUCUCCACUCAAAUCUCCUCUACCAAGGAUUUUAAUUAUGGGUUCUACAAUAUCACCGUGGGAAAGAAUCCUGAUCAGGUCAACGCAAUUGGACUCUGUAGAGGCGACAUAAAGCAAGAUGCUUGCAAAACUUGCCUGAACAACAGCCUCCUCGAACUCGAGCAAAGCUGUCCUAACAACAAAGAGGCGGUCGGAUGGUCGGAUUCACGAUGUAUGUUACACUACUCAGGUCGAGAUAUUUUUGGAACCAAGGAAACCACUCCUGUCUCAUUUGAAACAACUGGCAGAAAAUCACCCAAUGUAGAUCGAUUCAAUCUGGCAUUGAGUUCCUUGCUGAAAAAUUUGAGCAGCCAAGCGGCCGCCGGGGGCUCUCUUCGCAAGUUUGCAGCGGGUAACGCGUCGGCUCCAAAUUACUUUGACAGAAUCUUCGCAUUUGUGCAGUGCACUCCCGAUCUGUCCCAGCAAGAAUGCGGUGAGUGUCUAGCGACGGCCAUGGCGAAGAUUAUCAGAUACUGCUAUGGGGACAUCGGAUGUAAAAUUCUGCUACCCAGCUGUUUCUUGAGGUACGAGAUUGGCCCUUUUUUGGCCGCAGUAGAUGAUAUUUCUGAGCCAUCACCGUCUUCACCUCCGGCAGAAGGAAGCAGCAGAAUUCCAACAACAAUCGUCGUUGUCAUUGUUGCUUCAAUUCUCAGUGUUUUGUUGCUUGCCCUCUGUAUUUUUAUUUAUCUAAGACUCAAAAAGCCGAGGGGAAAGGAUAAGACUGUUGAUGAAAUUAUUGAGCUUGAGUCCUUGCAAUAUGACUUUGCCAAUGUCCGGGCAGCUACAAAUAACUUAAGCGAUGAAAAUAAGCUUGGACAAGGUGGAUUAGGUGCUGGGCAGCUUCCAAACGGACAAGAUGUAGCAAUUAAAAGACUGUCUAGGGGUUCCAAACAAGGGGAAUCCGAGUUUAAGAAUGAGGUCCUCUUAGUGGCCAAACUUCAGCACCGUAAUUUGGUCAGGCUUCUUGGUUUCUGCUUGGAAGGAAAAGAAAGACUUCUCAUCUAUGAACUUGUGCCAAAUGCAAGCCUUGAUAAUUUCAUAUUUGAUCCAAUAAAGAGUGCAAAAGUGGAUUGGGGAAGGUGGUACAAAAUUAUAGGAGGUAUUGCUAGAGGACUUCUCUAUCUUCAUGAAGACUCUCAACUACGAGUUAUUCAUUGUGAUCUUAAACCCAACAAUGUUUUACUAGAUGAAGAGAUGGAUCCAAAAAUUUCAGAUUUUGGUAUGGCAAGAUUGUUUGUAGUUGAUGAUACUCAUGUUACUACAAAUAGGGUUGUAGGAACAUAUGGAUAUAUGGCUCCAGAAUAUAUUAAACAUGGACACUUCUCACUCAAGAUAGAUGUUUUCAGUUUUGGGGUGAUGAUUUUGGAGAUUGUGAGUGGUCAAAAGAAUAACUCUCCUCACGGUGAGAAGAAUGCUACAAACCUAAUAAGCCUCGCAUGGAGAAAUUGGAGGGAAGGGACUGCACUAAAUAUUGUAGAUCCCAAUUUGAGAGUGGGUUCAACAGCUCAAAUGAUGAAAUGCAUCCAUGUCGGAUUACUUUGUGUGCAAGAAAAUCCACUACAAAGACCAACUAUGGGAUCAAUUAUUGUAAUGCUUACCAGCAAUUCUAUAGUUCUACCAGCACCCUCACACCCUGCCUAUUUAUUGCAAAGCACAACUGUUCAGUCAGAAAUGUCACCCUUGCAUGAAUCCCAACAAUCCAACAAUGGACUUGCCUUGGCUUCAGUAAACGAUGUUUCAAUUACUGAGUUACAUCCAAGAUAGAUAGAAGCUGAAGACCUGUAUAAACAGUUGUUUAUGAAUUAUCAUCAUUAACAAGUUAUGUCAUUUCUUUUUUGGAACAAGAUGUUCUAGUUUCAUGGUGAUUUUAGUGGAAGAAAGGCAUAUAUUCAAUCUUGUCAACUGUCAAUGACUCAAUAAAGAAAAUUUUUAAAC